UAGUAGUUCAUUCACCAUUUUGUGACUGUAGUGGAAAAGACCACCGAUAGUUUUUUAUAUUCCCGUUUGAGUUUCUGCGGGGGAAAGACAUGCUUUGCGGAGGAAAAGUAGAGCGCGAGUUUCGUUCGCACGGUCAAAGCCGACGGCUAGGAGGCGUUAGCAAGAGUUGUCCGAGCCUUCUCCUCGAGAGAAUGAGACCACAAAUCUUUCCCUUGUGAGAGGAAAAAAGCUCUGUUCGGACAACGUUGUACAGAAACAGAAGAUCAGAGGACCAGAAAACGGAACAUUGCAAGGAGUGCCUUAACAGUGAAAAAGAGGAGUACCACGUAAUCUACAGCACUUUGUGAACAGCAAGAACAAGAUGAGGCCGUUGAAGAAAAACAGGGGACGCUCACCUUCGUUAACCAGAGGGAGAGGAGGGAGGAGGAAGGCGGGAUCACACACACUCCAUGAAAAAGACUCCAAAAAAGUCAAGAAGGAGAUAUCUGUCAAAGCUGCACAGCACACAACUAACAUUCCCUUGAAGCGAAAACACUCCCCACCCACCGUCCCCAACUCUAUUGAAGAGCCUAUCACGUUAAGCAAUAUAAACACAAAGGAGGAGCCUACGAAACUAAGGAACCACGUGGAGUCGCUUAAGAAUGAGGUAAAAAAAAAUGACGAGGGGACGCCAAAGGACAAAACAGUGGGCACAAAUGGAAAUAGUACUUUACCCACAACUUCUGUAGCAUCUCCUACCUCCCUGCCAGCGCUGCUCACUGUAGCCGCGCAACCUCAAGCCACCAACCACAGUCCCAGCAUAGGCUCAGUCUCCAGUAGAAAAACGGCCACAUUCAAGGCUCGAAUACCCAAGAAAAAAUACACUUAUGAGCACUUUGCCAACAAUGCAAGUGUCAUGACUAGCAUUCCUACCUCCAGCCCUGCACUCAUACAUAACAACUACUGCAAUAUCAACAGUAAAGUUAGCAACACUGCAAAUACUAAUGACGAGAAUUUUAAGAACAGUAAGGAUUUUAGUUCUGAUGUUAACCAAAGCUUUAAUUUUAGCAUCUGCAGAAGUACUAACAGUAAUACUAUAUGUGGAAUAACCAGUAAAACUAGCAGUAGUAGUAGUUGUGCGGGGAGCUACAGCACCUAUAUUAAUAGCAAAAGUAAUAAUUGCUCAGGUAAUCAAAUGUCAGUGCUAACUGUGGACAGUAAAGCUACAGAUGCAAACAAUAUAGUUUUUGUGGAUGAUAAAACCCUCAGGACUGCACAUGUCCAGGAAAAGGAGGCCCAGGAUGGGGAGAACGCAGCAGAUGGGACCCCUAACUCAGUGCGCUCCUCCUCCACUGAUACAGCCAGUGAGCACUCUGCUGACCUGGAUGUAAUAGAAGCAACAGGACCAAGCGCUCAUAUCCUUUCUCCACUUCAUAAUGCCCAGCAGAAAGAAAUGAGCCUGUCAGAAGGACUAGCUAGUACUCUGGCUAAAGGGAUGAAGAACCAGAGGGUGUUGGCUCGCCAAAGAAACAGGACUAUAGAGGCUGUCAGUAAUGGAGACGGAUGCCGCCCAUCUUCAGUGUUCAGCCCAGGGCUGGUGCGAAGGGUGAGUGGAGAUACUGUGGAAAUUGCCCUCCAAGCAGAAGACACCCUUGUUAAAUACCCUUUUCAUGGUGGACCGAUGACGUCAUCCCCACAGACUGAAAGGAUUGUGGAUUUCAUUUUGGACACCCCCCCACCCGGCACGGCCCCUGUGGCUGUCGGGACCAGAGUGUGUGUGCCGUUUGGCGGAGAGGAAGGGGGUUGUCUUUUUUACAGAGAGGGAAUUGUAGCCCGGGUAGACCCCCACCCCGGUGUCUCGUUUCCGUACCAGGUGCUCCUGAAUGAAGAAAGUAAAAGCAGAAGGGCGGGAGAAGAGACGGAGAAAAGCAAAGUCAACGGAAAAGGUGUGUGGGUGUCUCGACAAAGCCUGCGACUGCUCACUCCUCCCUGGGAAGUCUCACAUUUAGAUGGUGGGGGGGCAAAGGAGAGGGAGCGCGAGAGGGAAAGGGAGGAGAGGGAGCGGCGGGAGGAGAUGGAGGUAGAGAGAGAGGUCUGCCAGUUGAGUAUUGGGAUGGGGGUGCUAGGGGGUCAUGAGUUCUCCCAUGAAGGGGCUACAGGAGUGCACUCUUUUGGAGCACCCAGCUCCUCCGUUGCAUCGAGCGUUGUGGUCAUCACGGACCACGAAUGUGGAGAUGGAUUCUCUGAACGACAGAGGGAGAAGAAGAUGGUCACUCCAGACGAAGACGUUGAGGUAUCUCGUUUUAACAGGGUCCACACAGCUGGUCCAAAACCUAAUCCCCCUCAUCCUAGAAAUGUUACCCCCAAAGCUAGUGCCCACCCCAACUCCUCCCCCCACCUUUCUGUAGUCGGAGGUCUUGGACCACCAAAUCGUUCCACCAUCCCAAGUCCUCAGCCAACACCUUCUCCUGUCCUACAGAUCUCCGAAAUUAGCAGUAUUCAGACAAGCCUACCUCCACUAAAAACCACUCCCACUCAGACCCCCACACCCACUUCUAGUGUUGGGUCCUCUUCUGCCUCCUCUCGCUGCCGGACUCCUCUUUCAUUGGCUCAACAGAAAUACAAAAAGGGGGACGUGGUGUGCACGCCUAAUGGGAUCCGUAAGAAGUUCAAUGGGAAGCAGUGGAGGAGGCUUUGCUCCAGGGAGGGCUGCAUGAAAGAAUCCCAGCGCCGCGGGUACUGCUCCCGACACUUGUCCAUGCGAACCAAGGAGAUGGAGGCAGCAGGUGGAGAGAAGGGAGCAGGGGGCAGCAGCUCGGGGACGGUCACCCCCUCUGACCUUCUGCGGCAAGCCAGCAGCGAGUUUGAGUGGGACGAGACUUCCAGGGAGAGCAGUGAGAUCAGCAGCAGAGGAGACUCCAGGCCGCGCCUGGUCCUCCCCUCCCUCCUUCCCCAUGAACUGUCGUCACGCUUCGACUUUGAUGAGUGUGAGGCCGCCACCAUGCUCGUGUCGUUAGGGAGCUCCCGCUCCGGGACCCCCUCCUUCUCCCCCAUCUCCAACCAGUCACCCUUUUCCCCUGCCCCCUCUCCUUCACCCUCCCCACUGUUUGGUUUCAGGCCGGCCAACUUCUCCCCUAUUACUGCCUCCCCAGUCGUGCAACACCGAAGGCACCGGCAGCCCAGCGGCACGGGAGGAGGAGGAGGGGGAGGGGGCGGGAGCAGCAAAGUUUCAAUCUCAGGUGGAAGUGCAGAAAGGGAAAAACACCCUUCAGGUAUCCACUCCUCCUUCCACAACAACUUAACAUUUACCGUCCCAAUGAGCCCCAGCAAAAGAAAACCAGAGGCACCCCCACCCCCAACGCUUCCCACGCACCACCACGACUACACCCCCAAAACAGAGCUGGAGCAGGUGGACCUCAACAACUCUUUUAGGGUGUUGUCCCCCCAAACGCCCGUGUCACAUUCCCGCAGUCACACACCCACUUUCUCCCGGCCCAAAGGAGGCACUACCCCGUCCUCUAGCAGGCCUUCAUCCUCUACAGCUGUCUCCCCUCCUCCUCUGCUAGUGUCCCCAACUCCUCCUUCUCCCCUCAGUACAGAAGGGGGGGCCCGUCGUGUCGUCCAUGUUUCUCAACAGACUUUGCGGGACUCCCCUGUCAUUGUAAGAAAUCCCGAAGUCCCUUUAGCAAAAUUUACAGAGACUCCAAUGGGAAGAGGAGGAGGUGCAGACGAAGGGGGAACAGACAGCUCCUCAUCUCAAGACGUUGUCCCAACCCCCCUUAUUUCUCAGCCAGUUUCUGGCCUCCAGGUUCCGGUCCCAAUUAACCGCGCUGCAGCCCCCGUACCGAACAAUGCCGUCCUCCUGCGCAGCCCGGCUCAAACACUCCUGCUGGUGUCCCCGACACCCUCCGCCUUGCCGGGGUUUGACCCCUCUGCCCCCAUCCCACAGACACUAUCAGUUACAGUAAGCACAACAGUCUCAGCUACUGCCACCACCAGCACGGACACUUCUGCAGAAAGAGAGGACAACAGAGGCAGUGGGUUUGGGACUGGAGUUCAGCAGCCGGUUCCCUGUCAUCCGUCUCCUACAGCUCUGCUUCCCCUGAUCCUGCCUGCAGAAAGUCUGCACCCCGUCCCCCGGAAGGACAUCAUCAUGGGACGUCCUGGUACAGUGUGGACCAAUGUAGAGCCCCGCUCAGUUCCAGUCUUCCCUUGGCAUUCAUUGGUUCCUUUUCUGGCACCGACCCAAUCAGAUGCUUCCCCUCAGCCAGAAGAGGGCCAGCACCCAGUCAACCACCCCCAAGCUGCCAUCCUAAAGACAGAAUGUCAGGGGGUAGCAUCGCUUUCACAGGAGCCCACAGAGGCACCUCCCACUGUAGAAAGAGUUCCUCCAACCCGGCCUCUCCCUUCCUCUUAUGAGCCGCUUCCAGAGAAGGAGAAAGGAGAUGCAGAGAGAGAGAGGCCCGACAGUGAAACUGAGAGUGAUGUGGACGACCCUUUCUUACCAGGAGUUGUACCUGAGCCGCCCAUCACCACAUCACCAGUUAAGAGGCGUACCCAGUCUCUCAGUGCGCUACCCAAAGAUGGAGAUAAGAACAGUCCAGGAAAGAGAGAAAAAGACCACAUCCGACGACCAAUGAAUGCAUUCAUGAUUUUUAGCAAGCGUCAUCGAGCCUUAGUGCACCAGCGGCACCCGAACCAGGACAAUAGGACGGUUAGCAAGAUCCUUGGGGAGUGGUGGUACGCUCUGGGACCAAAAGAGAAGCAGAAGUACCACGACUUAGCCUUCCAGGUUAAAGAAGCCCAUUUUAAAGCCCACCCAGACUGGAAAUGGUGUAACAAAGACAGGAAGAAGUCCAGCUCUGAAGGCCGUGGAGUCCCUGGGGCUAAAGACAUCAGAGAGAGAAGCAUGUCUGAAUCCACAGAGCCUCAUUCGGUGGAGCUGAAGGGUGUGGGUCCAGGUUUGGUGGGUGUUUCUGAGAGGAGCACAGCAGAAGAGCAUGUUGGCCAGCUCACUCGUCCUAGAGCCUUCUCUCAAAGUGCCAUGCACAGUCUGGGUGACAGGGGUAACACCCAGGCCCUGGCAGAACUAGCACAGAUGUGUGGUGAAAGUGGCAGUCAGUUUUCAAGCCAUGCCCCUUCACUCUCACAGAACCAGCGGGGCGUCAGUGAGGACAUGACCAGCGACGAUGAGCGCAUGGUCAUCUGCGAGGAGGAGGGGGACGAUGAUGUCAUCGAGGACCCUUAUCCUAGCAGCUCCAUAGAUCUGAAAUGUAAGGAGCGAGUGUCUGACAGCGACAGUGAGAACGCUUCAGGAGAUGAAGGCGAUCGGAAGAGGGUUUUUGCCCCAGUCAUCUGCUCGUCUUCCUCCACUUCUUCAUCGCAUCACACCCCCCAUGGCAGGAGCGUCUCGCUGUCCUCUUACCCCUCAAGCAAACGCUAUGAUGAGGGGAGGUCUGGAGGGGGUGGGCUUUCAGACCACAGGAGGAAGGAGAGAGGAGAGGCAGAAGGAAAGGACACUUUUGUGGUUGAGGGUGGCAGAGGUGUGCAGGCCCCUCCCCUCUCCCUCUCCUCUGGUCAGUCAGUCAUUUCUACAUCUCUAGCUGGAGGGCCCCCGCCCUCGUCCGCAGGCUCUUUGGGAACAAACCCUCUCCUGGGUAUUGGGACUGUGCGGGUGGCGUCCACAGCAGUGACCAACGUGAUGCGUCCUGUAAUCAGCUCGCCCCUCCCCAUUGCCAGCAAACCUAGAGAGGGAGGCUCCUCGUCCAGCCCCCACCCCCCUGAGAGGAAGUCCCUGACUCCCCAACAGCAGCCCCAACUUCUGAUCAGUCCAGGGGUUGGGGGCGGGGCUGCAGCCACAGGGGGUGGGUACUACUCUUCAUCUUCGCCCAAUCCAGCGGGUGCAGGCGGUGUGGUCACUAACUUAGUGUUGGGAGGAGCUCUGCCUGCACAGUCAGCUGUCCAGCUCAUUACCCCCUCCCCCCCUUCCCAGCUACCGCAUCAGCAAGCCCUCCCCUCCACCGCUGUUUCAGCCACACAUAGCCAAAGCAACGGGCCCCUGCCUGUGCCUCUGCUUCAGCCCCAGUUCCUUCCUGCUUCCUCCCUGGCUCCCCCUGGGGGUAAGGCCAUCACACAAGUUCAAUACAUUCUGCCCAGUUUACCAGCCAGCACCCACCCCAAGAGCCCGCCUCAGCAGCUCAGCCAGCCAACCAGUAUCUUCAACUUACCCACAGCACCCCCGACACAUGUGUCAUUGUCCAAUGGAAAGCAGCAGGGUGCGAGUCUACCAGCGGGAGCGGUGGGUGUGGUCAGUUCUGGGUCUAGAGUGCAAACGCAGUCUCCAGUGCUCCAGGGUAAAAUGCUGGUUCCCAUGGCAACAGUAAGGACUGCACCAGCCCCUGCCCAGCAGUUUCCCAUUGUGACUCCACCUCUUCCUGUACAGAAUGGUGCUCAGUCUGGAAGCAAGAUCAUCCAGAUUGCUCCUAUGCCAGUGGUCCAGUCGCAGCUCCCUCAGGGAGGAGCAGUGCAUCCUGCCAGUGCUUUCCCGGUUACAGUGGGCACAGCCGCUGUGGUGGCACCUGGAUCCGCCCCCUCCCAGACGGUGCUGCUGCCACAAGCACCUACUAGAAUCACCUAUGUCCAGUCCACUCCUGGGAUCUCAUCCACUCUGCCUUUAGUCUCCACGACAACCGGCUCUUCCUCGUCUCAGCAAGCUCUGCCCGUCCCUGGAUCUGCAUAUGUCCCAUCGCCGUUAGCAACCCUCGGGUUCACGGCCAUUGCUUCACCUGGACAGACACUCGUUCAGCCGCUAAUUGCUGGCCAGCCACCGCUUCUAGCAGCCGCUCAGACCCCACAGCCCCCCACCUCAGCCCCCGCUGCUGGUUCUGGGAGCCAGAUAGUCACAGCCAUCUACCCUCCUUCACCAAGUGUCACCAUGGCAACAGGGGUUGUUUCCAUGGCACCGGUGCCCUCGAGUGUGGCCUACACCGUCUCCAGCUCAAGUGCUUCCCCACACAUCUUGCCUAAACACCCACCAACCCUCAGUGCUGUCACACCUCAUCCACAGCCCCAUCCGGACAGACAGGUGGACCGGCAGCUGCCUCCGGACAGGCCCGCCGAGCGACAAAAUGACAGGCAGGCUGAACUGCCGGGACACUUUGAGAGACAGUUAGACAGGCAGUUGCAUACCUCCAGCAGUGGCAGCUCAGUGGCACCCCCUGGUGGCUCAGCAGUGUCCGUCAGGCCCUGCAGUCCUCCCCUUCAAAUCCAAAUUCCUGGCAACCCACCAGGUACGCCCAAGCUGUUACAGCCUCCGGUCAGGAACCCUCUCAAAGUAAAGGCAGCCAUCGCCACCAUCCCAGUGGGGAGCUACGAUGGAGGAGGCAGGGGAAAAGAGCGUGACAAGGAGAAGGAGCGGGAGAAGGAGGCGGGCAGGGAAACUGCCAGCAACAGUCAUUUCUCUUUUGAUCCUGAGCCGCUGAGGCAGACGGGCUCUCCGUCAGCCCCUCCCACAGAGGAGCCCCCGUCUUUAGAUCGAUCUCUGGAGGGCUCCAGUACGACGGACUCUACCGACGCCCGGAACAGAGAAAGCAUAACCACCAAAGAGGCUGCAUGGAAGGAGCAGGAGUCCCUCCCCUCCCCUCCUCUCCCCCCUCCAUCAACCACAGAGCCCUCUUUACCACCUCCACAGACUGACAAAGACACUCUGACGCCCAAAAAGAUUAAAGCUCGUCCCCCACCACUGAAGAAGACCUUCGACUCUGUGGACAAGACUGGCAGGGUUCUUUCAGAGGUAUACUUUGAGGAACGCUUCGCUGAGCUGCCAGAGUUUCGACCAGAGGAAGUUUUGCCGUCGCCGACCUUGCAAAGCCUGGCCACUUCCCCCCGUGCCAUCCUGGGAAGCUACCGCCGAAAGAGGAAGAACUCCACAGAUUUGGAUUCUGCCACCGAUGAGCAGCUAUCGCCGAAGAGAAAAAGUCGGCGGCGAUCAAGCUGCAGCUCGGAACCAAACACGCCUAAAAGUGCCGCUAAGUGUGAGGGGGACAUCUUCACGUUUGACAGAGCAGCCCCUGAUGGAGAAGACAUUCUGGCUGAACUGGAGUUUGAGAAAGUGCCGUACUCCUCCCUGAGGCGAACUCUGGAUCAGAGGAGAGCUCUUGUCAUGCAGCUGUUCCAGGAGCAGGGCUUCUUCCCAUCAGCUCAGGCCACUGCAGCUUUCCAGACGAGAUACUCCGACAUUUUUCCCACUAAGGUGUGCUUGCAGCUGAAGAUCAGGGAGGUCCGGCAGAAGAUCAUGCAGACAGCGACUCCCACCGACGGCCCCGGCUUGGGGCCCUCGGACUCCUCGUGCUCUCUUCCCGGACCGUCCGGCUCCCACUCGGGGGAGGGACCUGGGAGAGGUGGAGACCUGCAGGAUGACGAGGCUGAACAGGGAGCACAGGCGAGCCCAGAGAAGCCUCGUGAUCCACACGAGUCUGCUAGAUGAACACAGAAGACAAGUCCGACUGACCAAUCAGUGACGACUUCAGUCACCUCUAUUCACCCUCACCUUUAUCCACAUCCUCACUUCCAACUCUCAUUUUGAUUUACAACAGCUGCUGACCUUAAGAAAAUGUUGUUUGCAGUUUUGGGACGCUUUUAAAAAAAAAAGUAUUAGCAUUCAGAAAACUAAAGGCACAACACAUGUCCCAUGUACACAUACUGCAGCAACUCUCCUAAUUCCCACACUUCCACUCUGCAUUAAUUACCUUAGAAAGAGACUCCAUUAAUGCCAGUAAUUGAAGGACCAUCAUGUACAGGUGCACGCAUUUGCCUUGGAGACGAAACGGUUCUCGCCUUGGACGAGCUCGCUUUAGGCCACUUUGAAAUGUCCAACAGUUGGUAGUUUAAAGAGCUAGAUCUAUGUUUUGAUAUUUGUUUGGUUUUUAGAUGAGUAAAGACAUUACGUGUCUGCUUGAGUAACCACAUGUAUUUACUGAAUUGCUGUAAGCUUGCGAUUCCUUUCUGCCGGCGUUUGGGGGCUGGCCCUCAACAGCCGGAAACACGCAGCCCGAUUGGGACGGUCGACGCAGUGGAUCUGGAGCGACGUUUGUCGUCCGUCGACCUUCAGGAGAGGUCCACCACGACUCACUGACUGACUGAUAGAAACUAGCGUGGGCUUCUGGCAGUGCCAUCAUUCCUGCAGUUACCUGACUGGCCAAGUCCUUCCUUCUUGUGACUGAUCCUGGCACGUGCUUUCAGUUAGGAACCAAGCAUUCCUGUGCCUGAAAGGAAGGAAGGAGGGUCAGAGUCACUGGGCACAUCUGAGAGGUGGAGGUCUGGAUCCAAAGACCUUAAUCCUCUAUUGCCAAGCAGUCUUUUCAUUUUUUUUAAGUGUUCUGAUUUGUAUUUAACAUUGUUAUAUUCAGUUUGUUGCUGUACUAUUCCUUUGAUUAUUACUUCUUGUAUCAUCACAGUGAUUUUUUUUUUUCUAACCGUUUUGGAGGCAGGUGAGAUGCUGCUUCACGCCCGGACACUUCCUCCAUUUUAGUCUUCCUUUAGUCAUCUGAACAAAAACCUGUGGUGCAGUUUCUAAGGAUUAUUUAAAAUGUCACUUUUUUUAUCUCUCCGGGUUGUUUCAAUAGCCUCAACACGAGCAUUUCAUUUGACCUUCUCAGAGAGAAAACUGGUCAAUGCUAGGAGGACGAAGCAGAGAGCCGUUCAGGACGCCGUUUGUGUUGUAAAUAAAUACUGUAGAGUCAAGUUGACUCACCUGUCGUUAAACAUACAUCUUUUAAGCAGAAACAUGGAGAGAAAAUAUAUUUGCCUAUUAAUGUCCCAGUUUGACAUUUUUAAUAUGUUCCAAGAAAAGAAUCUAAAUUGUUAGUUGAUUAUAAAAGCCAAAAUAUCAAGAGUUUUCCCCUCAGAACUGAUUCCACACGGUGGUAAAAAUGUUACUCAAACAUAAACUUUGUCCAUAAGAUAAGAGUUUAUGCAAAAGGUUGACUCUUUUUUUUUCAUGUGGCUGCAAACCGUUGAUCAUAUUUGUGGGGAAAAAACAAUUUAUUUGAUCAAUUUACACCAAUAUUACAAAACUGAAAAUAAUCACAUCCAUAAAAAUAAUUACAAAAAACGAAUACAAAUAUGGUCUGAGGCACUACCCAUGGUCCUUAUUUACCCCGUCUAGAAUGCAUCUUUUUCCUGUAUUCCACACGAGAUAGAACCGGACAACACUGGUCUGGUGCUUGAAUAUCUACCGUCGGGGUCCCAGUACUUGAAGAUAUUCCAUUUUCCUGUUUCUGCCAGUAUUAAGACUCGUAUGGAUGUGUUCGGUUCUGUGAUGGCCUUAACCUUCCCUCAGAGCAGCUGCAGACCUUCCACAGCCCCCGUCUCCACGGCCAGGCCGUUCUCCAGAGCUGUGUGGUAGAUCUCCAGCGCCUGCUCCAGAGGCAGCGCUCCUCCCUCCGUGGUCUCGAUGAUGGCGAUGGUCUCCCCAAACUCAUCACACAUGAUGGUUGGGGUGCCCUGCACCUGCAGAAAAAACAAACAAAGAAGGUAAAUAAAUACAGCACAGCGGUGCAGAUGUUAUCUAGAUCUGAUAGAAAUCCCGAAAGGAGCCUUUCAUUCUCGUUGGUGGAUUAUCCUUGUGUCUUCUGGUGACAAUCCAAGAAACUUUUUUUUUCAUUCCAUUGUAAAAGAAGUCAAACACCUGCUAUAUAAAAGGAUGGUUUUGUAAAUGGUCAUUACAACCCUUGUAAGUCUUUCUGACUCAAGUAAAACCUGAAUAAAUAAACAUUACUAUUAUUUC